ACGGAUCCAAGUCCAACACAUGGAGGCUUAGAGACCAUGGUGGAGUGAAGGCCCAAAAAGCCCUUUUGCGUCUUUCACUUCCAACUUGAUCCCCCAUUCAUCGACACCGAAUCAGGCGGAUCUUUGCCACCGAAGAAGAAAGAAGAGAAGAGGAGGAGCGUCUCACGCUUCGACGCUGUGGUCAUGUCGCGGGAGAGACCCAGGAGAGGCACACUCCCUCCGGCUCAAGAGCAUGUCGAAAAAUUAGAGAAAGUUGUGGAAGAGGGUAAUUAUUAUGGAGCUCAACAAAUGUACAAAUCUAUCAGUGCAAGAUAUGCUUCUGCUCAGAGGAAUUCUGAAGCUUUGGAUAUCCUUCAAUCCGGUGCGUGCAUCCAAUUGAAACAUGAUCAGAUUACUUGUGGGGCAGAGCUUGCUGUGUUGUUUGUGGAGACACUUGUUAAAGCGAAAAUUCCUUAUGACAAUGAAACCCUUGACCGUGUCAGGAAAAUUUACAAGAUGUUUCCUCAGAUUCCUCUGCCACAACACUUACCAGAUGACGAUGAAAUGCAACAACUUUCUGAAGCCCUUGGGGCAGCAAAAAUACGUGUAGAGGGCUGCUCAUCAUUCUUAAAGGCUGCUAUAAGGUGGUCUGUGGAGUUUGGAGCACAUAGGAAUGGAUCUCCUGAAUUACAUGUUAUGCUGGCUGAAUAUAUAUAUUCUGAAUCUCCUGAAGUGGACAUGGCUAGAGUAUCAUAUUAUUUUGUUAGAGGAAACAACCCAAAGAAGUUUGCUUCUGUUCUCGUAAAUUUUAUGGGAAAGUGUUACCCAGGUGAAGAUGAUUUGGCGAUUGCACGGGCAAUUUUAAUGUAUUUAUCUGCGGGUAAUCUGAGAGAUGCUAACUGCCUCAUGGAUGAGAUAAAGAAACAAGUGGAAUCUAAGCAGCUUGAGUUUCCCCAAUCAGAUCUGAUCCAGUUCAUCAUAUAUCUUUUGCAAACAUUGCAGAGAGAUGCUUUGCCUCUUUUUAAUAUGUUGAAAACGAGUUACAAGACAAGCAUAGAAAGGGAUCCUGCAUUUAAUGAGUUUGUAGAUGAAAUUGCUGAGAAGUUCUAUGGAGUGCGGCGUAGAAAUCCCCUGCAAGGGGUGUUUGGGGAUAUCUUCAAGAUGAUGGGAGGUGAAUAGCAAUGUGACACAAGUUCAAUCACUCUGUACCUCUGUGAUCCUGCAACUACAUUUUCUGUGCCAUCAAAAGGAGUAAUUGAUCUGUAUGGCGCACCCUGCCCAUUUUUUUUUUUUAUAUAGUGUUUCUGGGUUUCUACUGAUUGUAAUUUUAUUUUCUUCAGUGAGGAGAAAAAAAAAAACUUCCAUUAUUUUUUAAACCCGACUGUAUCCUUGCUUACUACACUCUUUGCUAUUGGCUUUUAUUAUUUAUUAGAUUAUUUGAAUUAUAUGCAUGUUUCUUCA